AUUAAUACCUCCCGGCUGAUCAAGAUUUAAAUUGUGUCGAAAUGUAAGCUUAUUUACAAAGUUGGCCCAGAUUACUUAAAAUGCUGGCGCUUUAAAAAAAAAAAAAAAAAACAUGGGCGUGGCCUCUGCGUUCAGCAAAUGAACAGCCUCGCUGGGAUUUAAAUAGCUCUGUGUGUCAAUCACAUGCGCUGGCCCUCCUCCAUCCGAGCCCAGCCUUCUCCCUCCGUCCCCACAACGCCUCUGAAUCGCCAUAUUGGGUACUGAGGUUAUUCUGCAGCUUCUCUCAGUCCGGGACGGAAUUGACAAGAGCUCCUUCGGUUCCUCUGCAGUUUGUUUUGAUGAUUCGCGGGGACUAUCUCCGGCGUCAGAACACCGCAGAAGCCGUUUGCGCCUCCAGCUUGACAUACGCAUGGCAUAAGCCGUUUCACGCCUGUUUCGGAUCUUUCCCCCCGUGACGAGGAGAUACCCGUUGUUUUUUUUUUUUCUGUAUCUUUUUUUUUUUUUUUUUUUUUUUCUCUCACUCUCCGGCGACGUGUUUUUUCUUAUGAAAACCGGACGCUCCUGGCUGCUCGAAGAUUCAGCUUUUUUGGGGGGUAAAAUGUCAGACGUUCGACUUUCAAACGGAAGCCCGACGUUGGAACGGACGGAGCCCCGGGUUAUGGAACACCCGAAGCCGUCAGCCUGCCGAAGCCUCUUCGGCUCGGUGGACCACGAAGAGUUAAAGAGGGAUUUAAAGGGACAUAUGCUGGAGCUGCAGGAGGCUGCGUCCGCCAAGUGGGGCUUCGACUUUGCCAGUGACGAGCCGCUGCCUAACGCCAGGCUCACAUGGGAACUAGUGGACCCCGCUGAGGUCCCGGAUUUCUACGUGCGGCCCCCGCGGAGGGAGAAAGGCGUCUGCUCUGGGAAUAACAAUGUGGAUCUAAACGGGAAUCAUAGCUGCGAUACGAGCAUGUCUGACGUACUGACUGAGUGUACGGAGCAGUGCACCGGGCUGAGGAAAAGACCUUGUCACGACACCACGGCGCAAAGUAAGAGGUCACGCAGCAGCCCAGAUGAAGUUAGCUGUCCAACCCUGAGCCACUCUGUUGAACACACACCCAGAAAGUCCAGUCCCAAGAGGCAAACGUGAGGACUAGCAAAACGAGAAGAUGCCCCCUCCCCCUUGUUUUUCCCUAAACGUGGGAGACCUCAGUGUUGUUUUUUUUUUUUUUUUUUCCUUUUGGACGAGGAUCUACGCAGCAUCAGAAACAUAUCAGCUCUCCUGAAGACUGGGGAGGACGCUGUUGAAGCACUGAAUAGAAACACUAAAGUUUUUUGGCACUCAGUUAAAUGUUACUGCCUCUAACAGCAGUCGAUGUAGCAGUGUGCAAUUAGGUUGGAUUUCCUUUUUUGCUCCUUUUUUUUUUUCUUUUUUUUUUUUUUUACUACCUGUGUAUAUAAAUUAAUAAAUAUAUAUAUUUCUCUUCAUAUGUAGCACAUAAGAAACAUUAUGAUUUUUAAAACAAAUCCUUUAUGCUAAAAGUGUGAAAUUUGAUUUGACUUGAAGAAUUGCAGUGUAGUUUGAAAUUUUUUUUUUUCUUUCUUUCUUUCUGGAAAUGCUGUUCUGCUCGUGCGAAGUUGACACGGUCCCUAAUUGCUACACUUUAAAAAAA